UAUAUCGGAGGGGGGUGAUUUGCGCGCGCACAGAGAGCGUGAAGAAGGGAGGGGGGUGAGCGAAAGAGGCUGAGGGGCUUGCCGGCUUCGCCCUCCCGCGCUCCUGCGAGGAAGCAAGGAGGGGAUUCUCCCGCCAUUUUUCCAGCGCUGCUCCUGGACCGACUUCUCCCUUGUCUCAGUGAUGGCGCCGCUACUGGGCCGCAAGCCUUUUCCGCUGGCCAAGCCGCUGCCGCCGGGGGAGCCGCCGGGAGAGCGCUUCGUCAUUGCCCACACGCAGGAGGCCUUCCGCUCCAGCGAAGAGUAUGAAGCACGGCUAGAGAAAUAUAACCAACGAAUAUGGACCUGCAAAAGUACCGGGAGUAGUCAACUGACACAUAAAGAAGCCUGGGAAGAAGAACAGGAAGUUGCUGAGCUUUUAAAAGAGGAAUUUCCAGUCUGGUAUGAAAAGCUUGUUCUGGAAAUGGUUCACCAUAAUACGAUCUCUUUAGAAAAACUGGUGGACACUUCCUGGCUUGAGAUUAUGACAAAAUUUGCUGUUGAUGAAGAGUGUGAUUUUGAGGUUGGAAAAGAGAAAGUACUACGUGUCAAGGUGGUAAAAAUACAUCCAUUGGAGAAAGUAGCAGAAGAGGAGACAACUGAGAAGAAAACAGAUGGUGCCUGUGAUUCCCCUUCCAGUGACAAAGAGAAUACCAGCCAGGUUGUACAGGAAAAUCAGAAGGAGCCAGCAUUGAAAGAAGAUGACAACAGAAGAGAGAGUCUGAGUGACCGGGCACGGCGAUCUCCUCGGAAGCUUCCUACUUCUCUGAAAAAAGAAGAAAGGAAAUGGGUUCCUCCAAAAUUCUUACCACACAAAUACGAUGUCAAGUUGCAGAAUGAAGAUAAGAUCAUUAACAAUGUGCCAGCAGACAGCCUGAUUCGAACAGAACGGCCACCAAACAAAGAGAUUCUGCGUUAUUUUAUUCGUCAUAAUGCACUUCGUGCUGGAACAGGCGAGAAUGCUCCCUGGGUAGUUGAAGAUGAGUUGGUGAAGAAAUAUUCCCUUCCCAGCAAGUUCAGUGAUUUCUUGCUUGACCCACACAAAUAUUUGACUCUCAAUCCUUCAACAAAGAGGAAGAGCACUUCAUCACCUGAUAGGAAACCUAAGAAGCCCAAAUCAGAUGGUUCUUCCACAGGACAUGGGCUGAAUCCUUCACUUUGGUGCAGUGUGCAUUUAAAUAAAUCAAUUGUGGACUGCCCACUGAAAAUCAAGAACUCCAAACCCCCCAAAUUGUCUACAGAAGAGCUGGAGGAGAUGAUGAAUAUUAUGGCACCUGGAAAACUUGGCACUUUCAACAAGAAGAGGCUUGGGAAAUCACUGGAUCCGAAACAGAAAAAUAAAAAAGUGCUGAAUGGGCAGAAAUCUGGAAAAUCUAGAUCUCCCAAAAAAGAUUCCAAGAUGAAAAUGAAACAGAUGACACUUCUAGACAUGACGAAAGGUACUUCUAAAGUACCAAGAGCACCAAGAAACUCAACUGGAAGCCCCAAAUCUUCCAAUAAACCUCCGAAACAUCUUCCACCUGCUGCACUUCACCUGAUUGCUUAUUAUAGAGAGAACAAAGACCGCGAGGACAAGAAGAGUGCCCUGUCCUGCAUAAUUUCAAAAACUGCUCGGUUGCUAUCCAGUGAGGAUCGUGCUCGUCUUCCUGAGGAGCUGCGAGGCAUAGUGCAAAAGCGUUACGAACUACUAGAGCACCGGAAAAACUGGGCUUCCAUGACAGAGGAUCAACGCAAAGAAUACAUGAAGAAGAAACGUGAGAAGCUGAAGGAGAAGCUGAAGGAGAAAGCCAAAGAACGUCGGGAAAAGGAAAUGAUGGAGAGGCUAGAGAAGCAGAAGCGAUAUGAGGACCAGGAUAUCAAAGACAACAACUUGCCCACAUUUAAGCUGGUGGAUACUCCAGAAGGACUCCCUAAUACCCUUUUUGGGGAUGUGGCUAUGGUUGUGGAAUUUCUGAGUUGUUACUCAGGGCUGCUGCUUCCAGAUGCUCAGUAUCCCAUCACUGCUGUUUCUCUUAUGGAAGCUCUUUGUGCUGAAAAAGGGGGUUUUCUGUACUUGAACAGAAUUUUGGUCAUUCUUCUCCAGACUUUGCUGCAAGAUGAAAUUGCAGAAGACUAUUUGGAGCUAGGGAUGAAACUGUCUGAGAUUCCCCUCACUUUGCACUCUGCUUCUGAAUUAGUUCGUCUUUGUCUGCGCAAGUCAGAUAUACAGGAGGAAAGUGAAGCUUCCGAGAACGCAGAAGAGAACAAAGACUUGGCAGCUUUUGAAGACAAUGAAGUACAGGAUGAAUUCCUGGAGAAAUUGGAGGUAUCAGAAUUCUUUGAGCUGACCCCCGAGGAGAAAUUGCAAAUCCUCACAGCUCUUUGCCAUCGGAUUUUGAUGACAUAUUCAGUACAGGAUCACGUGGAAGCAAAGCAGCAGAUGUCAGCUGAAUUGUGGAAGGAGCGGCUGGCAAUGCUGAAAGAGGAGAAUGAUAAGAAGAGGGCAGAAAAGCAAAAACGGAAAGAGAUGGUGGCCAAAAACAGAGAGAAUGGCAAAGAGGAAAAUGGUUUGGGGAAGGGAGAAAAAAAGAAAGGGGAACCAGAGAAAACAGUCAAAUCAGAGCAACGUAUGGAUAUAGAACAAGAAGACAUGAUCAGCACAGUCAAAAGCAGGAGGCUUAUGGCAAUUCAAGCCAAGAAAGAGAAAGAACAGCAGGAAAUGGAAAUGCGAGUAAAACUUGAAAAAGAAGCAGAGGAGGAAAGAAGUCGCAAACAUAAAGCUGCAGCAGAAAAAGCCUUUCAAGAUGGUAUUGCCAAAGCAAAGCUGGUCAUGCGCAGGACACCAAUAGGCACAGACCGUAAUCACAACAGGUAUUGGCUCUUUUCCGAUGAAGUUCCUGGCUUAUUCAUAGAGAAAGGGUGGGUACAUGAUGGUAUAGAUUAUAGUUUUACGCCUCCAGGUGAGGAGGAAGAAGAGGAGGAGGAGGAAGAGGAGGAGGAAGAUUACCAGCAAGACGCACAGGAAAACCUGGUGGAAGGCAGUAUUUUGAACACCCCACAAGGGAUCCUGCAUAUUCCAGAAAUACCUGUUGAGACAUCAGUACCAAAACAGGGACAGAACCUGUGGUUUCUCUGUGACAGUCAGAAAGAGUUGGACGAACUACUAGCCUCCUUGCAUUCCCAGGGGAUAAGAGAGAGCCAAUUGAAAGAUCGGUUACAGAUUAGGUAUCAAGAUAUCAUACAUUCCAUUCAUUUGGCUCGGAAGCAGAACCUAGGUCUGAAGUCGUGUGAUGGCAGCCAGGAAUUGCUAAACUUCUUGCGCAGUGAUCUUAUUGAAGUUGCCACGCGGUUGCAGAAAGGAGGUCUGGGAUACAUCAGUGAGGGAGAAUUUGAAGCCAGGGUUUGUUCAUUGGAGAGCCUAAAAGAUUUUGGGGAGUGUGUGAUUGCUCUGCAGGCCAGUGUCAUCAAGAAGUUUUUGCAAGGCUUCAUGGCUCCCAAACAGAAGAAGAGAAAACAUCAAGGGGAGGAUGCUGUGGCCAAGGCUGAGGAAGUUGAUGAAGAGAAGAGAGUAGCAGAAGAAGCCAAGGUUGCUUCAGCUGUGGAGAAAUGGAAAGUGGCAAUCCGUGAGGCACAAACCUUCUCACGUAUGCACGUGCUGCUUGGUAUGUUGGAUGCCUGCAUCAAGUGGGACAUGUCUGCAGAAAAUGCCAGAUGUAAAGUAUGUCGCAAGAAAGGUGAGGAUGACAAACUCAUCCUGUGUGAUGAAUGCAACAAAGCUUUCCACCUGUUUUGCCUGAGACCAGCCCUCUAUGACAUCCCAGAAAGAGAAUGGCAGUGCCCUGCUUGCCAGCCCUCAGUGGCCAGGCGGAGCUCUCGGGGCAGAAACUAUGCUGAAGAUUCAGUUGAAGAGGAGAGUGAAACUGAGGAAGAUGAAUCUGAGGAAGAUGAUGAUGAUGGGGAGGAAGAAGAGGAAGAAGGCUAUGAGGUUGCUGGAUUAAAAUUAAGACCCAGGAAAGCAGCCAAGGGGAAGCAAGGUGGCAUAGCGGCAGAUCCUCCAAGGCGGGGUAGGCAUCAAGGCAAGAAGCGAACCCUCCAUGCCACUCGAGGGUCCCGACAGCAGACUGCACCUGUCACUGAAACUGACAUUGAUGAGCUGGUGCUUCAGACAAAGAAGAUGUCUCGCAGGCAGGCCCUGGAGCUGCAAAAAUGCGAGGAAAUCCUAAAUAAACUUGUCAAGUACCGGUUUAGCUGGCCUUUCAGGGAGCCAGUAACCACAGAAGAGGCGGAAGAUUAUUUUGAAGUGAUCAGCAGCCCCAUGGACUUCCAGACAAUGCAGAGCAAGUGCUCAUGUGGCAGCUACCGUUCUGUGCAGGAUUUUCUCUCCGAUAUGAAGCAGGUCUUUGCCAAUGCCGAGCAGUACAACCAGAAUGGCAGCCAUGUCCUUACCUGCCUGGAGAAGACGGAACAAUGUUUGAUAGACAUGUUGCACAAACAUCUGCCUGGCCACACGUACAUGCGCCGGAAACGCAAGCGACCUUUGGUCCAGCCUGGUCAGGAACUCGGGGAAGCCGAUGGGGACAGCGAUCCUGAGGCAUUGGAGUACACGAGGGGGCGCAGGAGGAAGAAAUGAAGGGUCCGGGAUGGGACACGAUUGGAGCAGGUCUCAGCAGGAUCCGCUGCCCUGAUGGAGUUCAGAGGUGGAAGCUGCUCAGCUUCACACUGUCCUCCCCCGCCCCAUUCCUCUCACCAGCUUUUCCGUGGGCUUGUUCUAAUUGCUGUCAGCAACUAAUCAACCAGCUGUCAACAGAAAAGAUGGAUUUCUGAUUCCUCAACUGUGCACAUAGUUUGUGCAAAUUAAGGAGAUACAGCGGACAUGGGGAUGAGUGGAUGGAACCAUUUUCAGCUGGGAGGGUGCAGGUUGUCUCUGAACCAGAGCUGCCCUCUUCCUCCUCUCAGUUUGUCCUAAUGGCAAGUGAGAGAAAUGAGCUGCCACAUGAGAAUUUAUAAUCUCCUAUCCCACAAACCCUCUCCAUCGACCCUUGAGGAAGCCACCUUUUAAAAUGGGCAAGCACUUACCUUUCUUAGGCAGCCACCUUUCACCAGCAUCUUUGUGCAGGCCAGCUUUUGGGGUGCUUAUCAUUCUCCAGCCUCCUGAUGUGGGCAGCAGGGAGAGUUGUUUCCUCCUCCCAGCACUUCCUGGCGCCAGGUGCGCAAGAAAAGUGUCAUAAAAACCCAGAGUUUUGGGAAAGGACACUGGUUCUAACUUUAUAAAUCUUUUUUGUAGUUAAGGAAAGAAUCUCCUGUCCAGCAGUGAUCUUGUAUAAAAACACCGUGUAAGAUAAAGUCGCUUUGACUUUGAUGUGCAUUGUACAGUUUAUAUGAGGAUGUGUUCGCUUUAUAUUCCUCCCUUUCUAUAAGUCACUUGUUUUUGUUUUUUUCUUAAAGAAAGUAGUUGGAGCUGACCCAGGAAAUCUGUCAGGUUGUACACUUUGUAGAACUUGCUCUUGUCUCCUUUUAUAGUCAUAUCGCCUCCAACCUGUCUCAUCUUCACCUUCCAUUGCUGGGUUCCAGAUCAGGCCGAAAAGAGAGUCUGACCUUGCACACUAAUGGCCCAGCCAGAGACAGGGAUCUGUCAAAGAGGUCCCUUGGAAGCCUGGGUACCUCAUGAAGAUUUCGUUCAGUUGAGGAUUUCUGUUCGGCUUUCUGUCAUUUCAAGAAAUAUAUAUAUUUUUAGCUUUGUAUUGGAAGCUGUGGGGCUGAGAAGAUGGAGUUUUCAUUCUUUGAAAUGAAUCCUAUCUCUCCAGCUUCUCUUUGCUGGAGCAGGAAGUAUGUGAUACCUGAUAAUCAUAGCCUGACAUUAUAUCCUUAUCUUUUGGAUUAACACUUCUGAAUUAUUCCUGCCACAAGAGCAUCAUCAGGUCUCCGAGGUCCCUUUUUGCUACCAACAUCCAUCAGUGCGAUCUGCCCCUUCUUUUCCCUCUCCAUCUUUUACUUUAUUUUCCCAACUUCUACACAAUGGGACUUUUUUGGACUAAUUUUUUUUUUUAAAAAAAAGUUGUUUGGGGGAGGGGGAUCUGCUAAGGGCUGUACUUGUAAUAAAUUGGAAAUACAAAAACUGAA